AUGGCCGCACCGACCACCACCACCAACAACCCUGCAUUCGACCCGGACCUCGACAAACCCGACGACCCGACCCACGAGCUCGCCCAGUUCGGCGGCGGCUGCUUCUGGGGCGUCGAGAUCGCGUUCCAGCGCGUCCCCGGCGUGGCGAAGACGGAGGUCGGCUACUCUCAGGGCCACCUCCCCGAUCCCGACUACAGAGCCGUCUGCACCGGCACCACCAACCACGUCGAAGUGGUCCGGGUCCAAUUCGACCCGCGAGUCUGCCCGUACGCCAAUCUCCUCGCCCUUUUCUGGAGCCGGGUCGACCCGUCUACCCUCAACCGCCAGGGGAACGACGCCGGUACCCAAUACAGGUCCGGGAUCUACUACUACAACGAGAAUCAGGCCCGUCUGGCUCAGGAAUCGAAAGAAGCCAAGCAAUCGGAACUGAAAGAAGGGAAGAAGGUCGUGACGGAGAUUCUGCCGGCGAAGAGAUUCUACCGGGCGGAAGAGUACCAUCAACAGUAUUUGGAGAAAGGCGGCGGCCGUGGCAACAGGCAAUCCGCUGCAAAGGGUUGCAACGAUCCCAUUCGUUGCUACGGCUGA